AUGUCAUCACCUUUCCCUAUACCUAUUCCUGCAUCUUCUCCAUUCCCAUUCACCCUCCCGAACAUCACCCCAGGUCCCUCCAAUGUUGGACAAGGUACCAUACCAUCCUCAAGUGCGCAGGGAAUGAUAUCGCAAGCACAAGGACAAGGACAAGGACAAGGACAAGGACCCAUAUUCGCUCCAUCACCUUUAUCUCAACUGAUUUCCUCCACACAGUAUAACGGUACCAGUGGACUCACACCUUCUGCCAAUGUAGUCUCUGGCUCGAAUCUGAAUGUAAAUCUCAACUCCAAUGGGAAUGUAAGUGGAACUUCAGGAAUAGGAGCUGGAAUGGGAAUCGGGAUGGGAAUGGGUGUAUCACCAAAUUUCAACUCAACUCCAAACGCAUUCGGUUAUUCAUAUGGUAAUGUUAAUGGAAAUGGAAAUGGAGGGAAUGGUGGAAACGGUAUAACUCCAAAUACAUCAGCUUUGAUAGCAGCUGUAACUUCAUCUUCGACCAACGCGAACACCAACUCUCAAUUGAAUAUACAAUCGAAUUCCAAUGGAAUGAAUCUAGCUGUCGGUGGGAAAGAAGGUUUGAUUAUGGGUCUAGAUGAUUUAGAGACGAAUUUAUCCAGGCUAGAAACUGUUUUAAGUGAGAUUGCACUUCUUGAAGAAAGAGUAUUUGAUACUGUACAUGAGAACGGGAAUGGGAAUGAGCAGGGUCAUAGUAAUUACGAUAAUGAUGAAAACACUUUAUUGAAUCUACACGCUGAAUAUAAUCAAACUCUCCUUAAUCUAUGUACGAUCUCACAAUCAUCUUUAAUCGCUUCACUCCCUGUCCUCCCUUCAAACACAACAUUUCUUACAACUUGGGAUCAAGCUCAAGUUCAAGCACAAGGGAAAAAUCUACAUCAAACUCAAACUCAAAUUGACAGUCAAACUCAAGUUCCACAAAUUGAGACUCGGGACACAACAGAAAUGCAAUUACAAUUGCAAUUGCAAAACCAACCGAACUCUUUAAUCAUGAAUAUGGAUCCUACUCAACCAGCUGAAGGCAACACUCAACCAUCGGGUAUAAUGUCAAAAUAUACAAUUGCGGAUUUAGCUAGAUGGGCCGAAGAGAGAGCUUCACUGGAAUUUAGUAAGAAAGAAGCUUUAAGAUCUGCUUCUAAAGCAGUAGCUGAUAUCCUGAGAGGAAGUGGUAGUGGGACCGGAAUUGGGAAAUGA